GGCGGCGCUCAGCGCGGCAGGCGGGAGGCUGCGGGGCCGGAGGCUGCGGGCCGGAGGCUGCGGGAUGGCCGCCCAGCGUCUGGGCAAGCGCGUGCUGAGCAAGCUGCAGUCCCCGUCGCGGGCCCGGAGCCCCGGGGGCAGCCCCGGAGGGCUGCAGAAACGCCACGCGCGAGUCACCGUCAAGUACGACCGGAGGGAGCUGCAGCGGCGGCUGGACGUGGAGAAGUGGAUCGACGGGCGCCUGGAGGAGCUGUACCGCGGCCGGGAAGCAGACAUGCCAGAUGAAGUCAACAUUGAUGAAUUGUUGGAAUUGGAAAGCGAGGAGGAGAGACGCCAGAAAAUCCAGAGACUCCUCCAGUCAUGUAUGAACCCCACAGAGGAUUUCAUCCAGGAGCUACUGACCAAGCUCCAGGGCCUCCACAAACAGCCAGGCCUCCGCCAGCCCAGCCCCUCCGAUGAAGGCAGCCUGAGUCCCCGCCAGGACCGGGCCAGGACAGCCCCUCCGUGACCCCAUCUUGACUCUGUGACCCUUCCACUUGGCCUCCCUCCCUAACAUGCCCAGCUUGUUUAUAAGUUGUAGUUCAUGGUUCU